AUGAAAGAAUACUCAACUAGCACAAAUAAGGCUAUUACUAAAGUUCUGGAUAAAGAAAUUGACGAACUAUUUGAAUUAAUACAAGCCAUAGAACUGGAUCGAUAUCUUACUAUACGUGAAAGAACAAUUAAAUCUAAUGAUUUUUUCAA